CCAUUAUUAACACGUACAACUAUGACAUCCUCAAAAUAUCAAAAUAAACAGAUCCCAUACCAAAUUCUUCUCCAAAAAUGUCGCCGCCAAUCUUCGCGCACCUGCAUUCAUCGCCGCUGGUGGUACGGCGUCACUCAGGAGCCAACUGGCGCAGUCUCAGUCCACACGCAGACAUCAAUGGCUCGUCCAGUGGUCUGGAGGCCGUGGAGCUCAUCGACGUCAAAGCAGAGCGUCGUCUACUGCUCGAAACGCUGCGAGAAUCUGGUCGAAAGCUCGCGUGGCAUUCGGAAGUCGCCGACCUUCACGCUUUCCGUAAGGUUUUGUCGUUCGGCUGUCGAGCACUGCACUUCUCGGGCCAUGGCGUCCCUGGCCAAGUGAUCUUCGAGACACGCAAGGGCGAGGCACAGUUCGUCUCUCAACAGGAACUCCAGGACCUCCUGCUAGCUGGAGGUGCUGAGAGCCGCCGUCCGAGACGCAAACGCGAUAAAAAGAUGCGCAAUCGACAAAACCGAAGCCAGAGGAAUUCAGAAUCCAGCGACAGCAGCAGCGAGAGCUCCAGCUCUUACAGUAGCAGCGACGAUGCCACAGCGGGCUUCGCUAUCAGAUCUCACAGGGUGGAGAGGGGCUGGGUGGCUUUAUCGCCCCCUCCAAUGCAUGGGAAACCUAAAAUCCCGUUACAAUUAGUAUUCGUGAGUGCAUGUCACUCAGAGAGUGUAGCUCAAGCCUUCGUAAGUGCCGGAGUGCCCCACGUCGUCGUGGUGUCCAAAGAGGAGAAAGUUUUGGAUCGUAAAGCCAUGGAGUUCGCCAAAGCCUUUUACACGGCACUAUUUGCCGGUCACUCAGUGGCAAAAAGUUUCCAGAUUGGACGUGUGCAAGCGGAUAUUGCAGUUGCUAACAACGGGAGUAUUGGGAGACCGUCAGAGUUUAAAUUACUAGGAGAUGGAGACCAUAAUGAUGCUCUCUUUCGAGAUGUACCGGUGGGGGAUUGUGUCGAAACAGAUAUGGGGGGAAGAAGAGGGAAAUGCACAGUUAAUGAGUGUGAUACGGUCGCUGAGGUGUUUGUCGGUCGAUCUUUGGAGGUGCAUCAAGUAUACAAGUCCCUCGUGGAAGGUGCCAGACUCGUGAGUAUUGCGGGGGAACGAGGUAUCGGCAAGACGGAAGUGGCGCUGCAAUGUGCUCAAUAUGCCACGGAACGUAAAAUAUUCCGUCAUAUAUUUUAUCUUCGCUUGAACACGAGCAAUGAACGGGAAGAUAGCAGUGAUAUGUGUGAACUGGAGCCGUCAGAUUUGAUAACUAGAUUUGCAAAGUGUUUGGGUCUUCAAGCGACAACGCUCGAUGAGUUAGCGGAACAAGCACGACAACGCUGUGACGUAGAAAGCCAAGGCGACGGCAACAGUUUUCUAUUGAUUUUGGACGGUUGUAAUCGAGCACAACGUCAGAAUCCCAGAUUUUAUGCGAUUGUCGCGAUGCUAUUACGACGUGUGAAUUCUCUGGCGCUUUUGCUGACGGGUGACGGGAAAUUUGGGGCCAUGGAUGGCGUAGGCGAGAAGAUAAUACCAGUAGGUCCGCUGCCGCCUGCUGACGCGGCGUUGCUGUUCACUCUGCGUGCACCUAGAAAGAUUAAAGCCCACGAAAUGGGUGGAAGUAGUGACCUUGAAGCGUUUGGCGAACACCCCAUUAUUAAGAGCUUACGAGGUCAUCCACGAACGAUAUGCGCGGUGUCGCAGUUCUUGGAGAAGAAAGAUAUGGAGCUGGAUCAACGAGAGUUUCUCAACUACAUUAUUCCGUCAGUAAAUACGGGACUUUGUAUGGGCAAAGUGGACGCCACUCGACCUGACUGUGGUUGGGAGGCACAUCAUCACGAACAAGAAAUGCUGAGUCUAGAGAAGGCGAAGUCUAUGGAUGGACGUUACUCGCAUUCGCAUAAGCAUCACCAUAGUCAUUCACAGUGCAUCAUGGAAAACAUGGAGCAUCAGCAUCAAUUCCAUGGACACGAGGCUGCGCUGCGGCGGAUGAAACCUGUAGCUUCUCAGUCGGAUGUCUUCACGGCCAAGUCCUCUUUAGGAGUGUCGAUUGGAAGCUGUGAUGGCCAUACAACAGAGCCUCCUCCGUGGAAAACUCAUCCACUGAUAUCAACCAGAAGCGAGCCGAGUUUAACUGGCUCAGUUGCGUCCCCAACUACAUCAUUACAACAGCUUUGUCUACUGAAAGUAGCAGAUCACGUGAGACCGAUUAUCCAGAGUGAAGGAGGUAGUUUAGUAUGGGCAAGAGCAGUGGUUAUCAACGCCACUCUACCUGAUUUUCACAACCCUGAAGGUGGCUUGAAAGACGGCUAUUCUGCUACUGUGGUACGUCAAUUGCAGGAACUGAAGGACGUUCCGUUGGAUUGGAUAGCACCGCAAGUUAGCUGUUUCUUCGCGACCAAAUUGAAAGGAGAUGCUGCCAAGCGUCCAUUAUCCAGCCGCAGCAUCGAUUUCUUAAGCAAAAGUUCGCUUAUCUGGGGUCGUGACUGUGCUGCUCCAGCACAACGUGGUGGCGCUGUGAAUCUACAUAUGUUUACGGCGUUCUGGGCGUGGUUUCGGCCGCUUGUCGAUUGUAUUUUGUACUCAACUCUGUGGCCUCAUACCGAGCCACGUCUGCUACACGGAUUUUUGUCUAAGGGUGCGUGUGUUAGUAUGCUGGAGCGUGCACCGCCAGGUACUUUUCUACUGCGAUUCAGUGAGACUCGAGUACGCUGUCUUGUGAUCGCGUAUGUACGGGACGACCAGUAUGUGCAGUUUGUACCAGUAACGUGGCAGCCAGAACGUGGAGGGUGGUUUGUUGCAUUGCAAGGAGAUGCAAAUACCGGAUAUGUUGAAAACAAUGGCGUGACAUUCCCGACGAUACAGGAAUUGAUUCUCAGCGUCAACGUGCUGAAAUUCCUUUUCCCACAAACACCCAAAGAAGUAGCCUUCACGCUGUAAACUUACAUGUUAAGGUGUAGAAAAAGUACUAGUAGUAAAGAGAUCUCGUGUAUUGCGGAUCAAAGCAAGAAAACCAAGAAAACCAAGAAAACAAUGGGUGUGAUUUUGUAAUUUGAACCAAACCUACAGAAGUGCGAGGAU